UCACCUUGGUUGUGUGCAAAAGUCUGCACUACUUCAGUUGGGUCUCGACACUAAAACAUUGACAAGUUGGUGGAUGAACAAACACAAGACUGAUUGUUUUGUUUCUCACAGGGACAUUAUUUAACCUGAAAAAAAUAUAUAGAAUUGUUACUAUCCAAUAGAAGCAACAUGAAGAGUCACCAGGAAGACAUAAUUUUUCAGGCUCUGCUCUUCAUCCACAUCUCUGUGGUCUAUUUCUUCACUGCAGUGCAGGGCCAAUCAGAUAGCAGCAGCGUUGUAGCGGCUGGCUACAAUGUGAGCGCCCCGGCCGGCUCCAGCGUAAUGUUGCAGUGCUUCAGUGGUCGUAUGGUGUGGACCAGGGACAACCUGAGGGACAGACAGAGGGUGGUCCACUGGGACGUUUACCGGGCCCAUGUGGACCACGGUAUGGAGAGAGUUUUGGACAUGUACUCUGCAGGAGAGCAGAGGAUAUACAACUCCUACAACCUGAAAAGAGUUGGCCUCAGCCAGACAGCCUUCAAGGAUGGAAAUUUCUCACUCGUCAUCAAAGAUGUGACAAUGAAUGACAGAGGUCUGUACUCUUGUAACCUCCACCAUCUCUACUGCCACUUGUACGAGACGGUCCGAGUGCAACUGAAUGUCACUAAAUCACGCCGGAAAGAGCAGCGCUACUGGGAUGGCCACAAAGCGGUGUACGUGGUGCUGCUGGGGAGCACGGUGGUGCUGCCGUGCAUCAACAGGAGAAACGUGUGGACAGACUGGAGCAACGAGGAGGAGGAUCAGCAGGUGGUCCACUGGGACCGUCAGUCCCCGGGAAUCCACCACGAUCGCGCAGACCGCUUAGUGGACCUUUACGCCUCAGGGGAGCAGCGUAGCUACGGACCUUCGUUCCUCCGGAGGAAGAUGAACAUCAGCAACCAGGCCUUCUCGGAGGGAGACUUCUCACUAACCAUAUCUGAUCUGCAGGCCACUGACCAGGGGGUGUACUCAUGUCACCUUCAUCAUCAUUACUGUGGUUUGCAUGAGAGGAGACAGUUUCAGGUCACAGUUGAACCACCGGUGAUUCACGCCACUGUCCCAGUCAAAGCACUGCCCAGUGCAGACAAAGACGCCAACAAAGUGGAGUCACCGCGGGUCAUCAACGUCGUCCUCCCCGACCACAGACAUCACUUUCUCCUGCCUCUGGGCUUCGUCCUCACUGCCUUCCUCCUUUUGGCGUUCGUCGUCCUCAUCAUCAUCCUCAUCACACGCAGACGAAGAACAACAGAAUCAUAUUCAAUGGACUCCACGAGAUCCAACAGAAGUCACAGCAGCUCAGAUGAGUUUGAGAUGGAUGUUGCAGAGGCAACGCUGACCGUCAGGGAGCCGGACGACAGACUCGACUUCAAGAACAACCUGCUGAAAGAGGUCAACAUGAACACGCCAAGUAAAGUCAUUGAUCUGGACAAAGAGAUGCAGAAGUGUCGCAAGUGAGAUAAGUGACAACGGGGUCACUGGCUGGUCCAGAGGCUGCUCAUCACGCCCACACUCCUGGGAGUUCUGGCAGGGGAGACUCCACAGAGACAUGUGUUUGUGUUUGCCAAAAUUCUUUGUUGUUACAUCCAAACAACACACAAACCCACGCUCUCGUUUUCUAAAGACACAAACACAAUGAAUGUAUUAUUCAUCAUGUCACGUCGUAAAUCCACGCUACUACAAGGUACCACAGUGCCACCUUGAUGCUAUUAAAUGCAGGUGCAGUACUGUAUUUUAAAUAGCGCCUGACUCAGUUGUAAAAUAGCAAAUGAACGUUCUAUUACAGCUUUGAUAUAUCUGUCAAACUUGCAUUCUGUUUUGGUCUGGACUAAAGGAACAUUGAAGGGCUACUUAUAGUGUAUACUGCUCUUUGAAAAUGUAGCUGUACAGUAUAUUACAGUAAUAAUAGAAGCAGUACAUGACUCAUUAUGCUUGAUUUCUUGUU